AUGGAGGAGAACUAUGAGACAGUGAACUCGCUGGGAUUCCCCAUUCCCAAACCUGACCUGAUUGCUCAGCUGGAACGAGGGGAAGAGCCAUGGGUUGCGGAUCUGCAGGCCGCUGAGGAAAGGGAGAACCAGACAGGCACCUGCACAGGUGGUGAGAGAGUGAGUGUGAAUGAGGAGAACAAUCAACAGCAGGAAGUUCCUGGGGAAGUGGAACCAUGGGGGACCUUUUUGAGAAGAGCUGAAGGGAAUUUUUCCCAGUGCUUGGAACAGGGAGAAGCCUGGGGAAAUCAGAGCAAGUCAGAAAAACAGCUGGGAAAAGUGGCAAAAGUGAAUGAAUCCAUUGACUGUGGGGCAGGAUGCAAGGAUCCCAAGGAAACCAUCGCCCAGCAGACAAGUCACAAGGAAGAAAAACCUUAUAAAUGCCCCAAUAUUGAGAAUAGAUCUCAUAUGAGUACAAACCUUAUUUCUCAGUGGAGAAACCACACUGGAGAGAGACCCUAUAAGUGUCUUGAUUGUGGGAAAUGUUUCAAUCAGAAGUCAACGCUUGUUAGGCAUCAGGCAGUCCAUACAGGAGAGAAACUCCAUAAAUGCUUGGAGUGUGGGAAAAGCUUCAGUAGAUGCUCAUACCUCGCAAUACAUCAGAGAAUCCACACAGGAUUCAGACCCUAUAAAUGCCCUGAGUGUGGGAAGUGUUUCAAUUGGAAGUCAAGCCUUAUUACGCAUCAGAGAACCCAUACAGGAGAGAAGCCCCAUAAAUGCUCGGACUGUGGGAAAAGUUUCAUGCACAGAUCUGACCUUAUUAGACAUCAGAAAACCCACACAAGAGAGAAACCCCAUAAGUGCUUGGACUGCGGGAAAAAGUUCACACAGAGAUCAACCCUUCAAAUCCACGCCGGGGAGAGAACCUAUAAAUGCCUCGACUGUGGGAAAUGUUUCAAUUGGCAGUCAUCAUUUAUUACACAUCAGAAGAUUCAUACAGGAGAGAAACCCCAUAAAUGUUUGGACUGUGGGAAAAGCUUCAGUAGCACCUCAGACCUCGCUAAGCAUCACAGAACCCACACGGGAGAGAGACCCUACAAAUGCUUGAACUGUGGGAAAAGUUUCAAUAACAACUCAAACCUUCGUAAACAUGGGAAAAUCCACACUGACAGAAUGGACGACUGCGGGAACUUGAUCAAAUCGUGA